ACACGAUCGUGCCGUCACGGGGACGUCUCUGUGCCGACACGUUGUUAUCUGGGCAUAUACGCGUCUAUACGCCGACGCAAACGCCAUGAACGACGCUAUCGCGUAUAUUCACGUUCACGUUAUAGUUUUACAGCAGUAGCAGUAGACAUGCUAAUCGUUUUGUGAGAUAAAAAAGUAACUAAAUACAGAAAUAAUAAAAAUGUCCAAGUCAGCAGCACGUCUGAAAUUUGCAAAAAAAAUUGUUGACAAAGUGGAUCAUUCCUCAAAAUUACGAACCAACAUACCAGCCGGACAGGCAAUGCCAAGUCCACCUUUGGGUCCCCAACUUGGUCAGAGAAACAUUAAUAUAGCAGCUUUUGUUAAAGACUUCAAUGAAAAAACUGCUCAUUUAAAGGAAGGUAUACCUAUACCUUGUCGAGUAAAAGUCAAUCCCGAUAGAAGCUACCAUUUAGUAAUGCACAAACCACCUGCAGUUUAUUACUUAAAACAAGCAGCUGGAAUCCAAAAGGGUGCAUUGGCUCCACCAGAAGUUGUUGGUAAGGUGUCUCUGAAGCAUUUAUAUGAGAUUGCAGUAAUAAAAUCUGAAGAUCCACCACUUGCAUUAAUGAGCUUACAACAGAUCACUCAAAUGUUGGUAGGCAUUGCCAGAACUGUAGGUAUAGAAGUAGUAAAACAUUUAGAUGCUGAAGAGUAUAAACAGUUUUUAGAAGAAAGAAAAGUUAUAUUUGAACAACAACUGAAAGAACUAAAAGAAGCAAAAGAAGCAAAAAUGCUACGCACUGGUUAAAUAUUGUAAAAUUAGUCAUUUUUAUAUUUAAUUUUAUCAAUGAUAAUGUAUGUAAGAUAAUGUAAAUAAAACAACAUAACACAAAUAAUCUUCUUAUUUAUCAAACAAUUAAAAUUGUCCAUAGAAAGUUUUGGAGAAAAAAGGUUGAAUAAUAUAUGUUAAGGCUUAAUUUUAUAAAACAAAAAAUCUUUAUUCAAGAAAAAUAUUAAAGGUACAUUUUGUGUAAAAUAAUUAAACUUUUAAUCUUUUAUUGUUUAUUAUAUAUCUGUGAAUAAAUUUUUUAUUAACGAGAAAAAUGAUCACCUAUACAAUUAUAUGUGCAUUCGUAAAAAAUAAAAAAUAUGAGUCUACAAGCAAAACAACUAAUCAAUAAAUCUACAAUAAUUUCUUGAAACAAUUUUUCAGUUAUUGUUAAUGUUUGUUUCAUCAAUAUAGUUCUUUAUAAUUUCAAAACAAAAAAA